UCCUUAUUUGCAGACUAGUCUACUCUCUCUCCCCUUUUCAGCCAGCCAGCUAGCUCCAAACCAAAACCCCAACGGUUCUAACCUCUAUCCCCCAAGUAAAACCCAGAACCUUAGUUUACUUCAUGCUUUGGGGUUUGGGGUUAAAACUUAAAGCGCGCAGAGAGAGAGAGAGAGAGAGAGAGGGGCUUGGAUUGAGUUACGGACAUGGAGUUUGGGUAAAUUAGUUUGUUACUGAACCCAGUUCUCUACUGGACUUAGCGUCUUGUUGUUUAGAUAAUAGUUACAAAGAGAGACAGACGCAAUGAUAUGAUGAGAUCACAGAGAUCUUUAAUCCUCUUUCUGACCAAACACUGCCACCCUUACCACUGGCAUCAUCAACCUCUCCUAUAGGCCAACGAAGUAUUUCUCUCUCUCUCUUGUCUCUUCCAUUUCCUAUUCUGCCCUUCUCUCUGCUUUCUCUCUCAAAGAUUGAAAUUUUUUCCAACACGGCUUAGUUUGAUUUUUGAAAUUGGGAUUUGGGUUUCUGUCUGUCUGGGUUUGCCUGCUCAGCUUUGAACUGGGGGCAGCACAGUGAGAGAUCGAAAGAGAGAGAUAGUAACUCAUUUCCAUAACAUGUUAACCAGACUUCUUAUUUGGUGAAAGUACGUGCCAGAGCUGAAGCUGAGCCAUCAUCAAAAGUACACCCAAAACUUGUGUGAUGGGUUAGCCUAGCCUGGCGACAGAGCUGGUUUGGCCUUCUCUCUUCUUCUUCUCUAAGCCCAGCUUUGGCUUCUGGUGGUGGUUUUGUUUUGUGUGAUAUGGAACUGAAACUAUUGAAUGGCAGAGCCUUUUGCUAUCUGCAGGUUUCAGAAAUCCCAGAACACCAGCUGGAGAUCAUCAUCAUCAACAUCAGAAAAAGCAUUAGGCAAAUUGAGAGCUGGGAAAGUAGAGAUUCAGAAACCCAAUAAGCAAAAGUUCAUUCUUGUUGUAGCUAAAAAUAAGUCUAGGUCUAGUACUACUCCUCCCGCUGCUGCUACUGUUCCAUUAAAAGCUGGAAAAGGAAACUCACAGGUCCUUGACUCUGGAUCCUCAAGGGAGCCAUUACCAUUUCCAGUACCCUCAUUCUUCUACUUCAACCACCGCUUUCGGAGAACCCACCAUCGAAUAUGCAGGAAGAAAAAUGGGGGAGAGCCACAACAACCUCCACCACCGCGCAACGACGUCGUCCUCCGCUGCUUCUCGAUUGGGUUUGGGGAUAAGGACUGCUUCUUCCUCCACCACCAGCGAGAUCGUGGAGGCUCGAGGCCACAUUCUAAAGGCCACCGGCCGCAAGGACCGCCACAGCAAGGUCUGCACCGCCAAAGGCCCCAGGGACCGCCGCGUCCGGCUGGCCGCGCACACCGCCAUUCAAUUCUACGACGUGCAGGACCGGCUCGGAUACGACCGGCCCAGCAAGGCCGUCGAUUGGCUCAUCAAGAAAGCCAAGGCCGCAAUAGACGAGCUCGACGAGCUGCCGCCGUGGAACCCGAACUCAAUUUCUGUUCAGACAACAUCUUCUCCAACGGUGCCGAUAUCCGCCGCGCAGGACACGCAGAACGCGAGCCUCCAUUUCUCGAUGGUGGAGGCUCCGAGUUCUUUGUCUGCUAAUCGGCGAGGCACAAUGGUGGGUAGCAGCGGAGUGGCGGAGCUGGUGAAUCAGAACAGCUCGAAUUUUCUGCCGCCGUCGAUGGACUCGGACUCAAUUGCAGAUACUAUCAAGUCUUUCUUCCCAAUGGGUGCGGCGACGGCGGCCGAAACGCAGUCGUUUCACCCCGCCAGCUACCCGCCGGAUUUGCUGUCCAGAACCAGCAGCCAGAGCCAAGAUCUGCGACUGUCUCUCCAGUCUUUCCAAGACCCAAUUCUUCUCCACCACCACCACCAAGCUCAUCAGCACCAGACCCAUCACGAAAAUGAGCAAGCUUUUCUUACACCAAACCAUCUCGGGUUUGAUAGCUCCGCCGCCACGUGGACAGAGCACCACCAGCAACAGCAGCAGCAGCAGGCGGAGCUCAACAGGUUCCAGAGAAUGGUGGCUUGGAACAAUGCGGGUGGUGAUAGCAACAACAACAGCGGCGGUGGUGGAGUUGAGUUUACGUUCAACUUGCAACCGCAGACUCAGUCGCAGUCGUCGACUCUGCAGCCGUUCUUGUUCGGCCAAAACCAGUUCUUUUCUUCACAGAGGGGACCCCUUCAGUCCAGUAACACGCCUUCGGUUCAUGCCUGGAUCGACCACAACGACCUUUCGGACCAUCAACAUCAGAUGGCGCCGUCAAUCCAUAACCAUCAUCAACAGUCUUCCAUUUCCGGCAUGGGAUUCGCCUCCGGCGGAUUCCCCGGCUUCCACAUUCCGGCACGAAUCCAGGGCGAGGGGGAGCACGACGGUAUCUCAGACAAGCCGUCCUCUGCUUCCUCCAAUUCUCGCCAUUGAAUCGAAACACUGAACUUCUCUCUCACUCUCAAAGGCUUAUUCUAUCUUCCAGAGGAUGAUAAAGGAGAUAGCUGUUGAUGCGAAUUCACAAAGCUAGAGAGAAGAUUUCCCGGUCACUUCGAUUUCAAUGGCGUGUGUACUAUGUAGACCUUGGGAAGAAGAAAUCUGUGUUCGUUUUCGGGUUUUCUUCCGUUCCCUCGGUUCGUUUAUCUUACCUUCUGUUUCAUCAGUUGCUUUUGUUAUGUUGUUGUAGCUAUGUUUCCUUGUUUGAGUUGAGCUCUUAAAGCUUAAACUCUGCUUAGUUUUUGUUGGGUUUGUUUUGUGUUUCUGGCUUUUAGCUCGAGACUACUAUGCUGUUGUUUGUUAUAUGUUCAUUUCUAGAGUUUAAUGAAACUUUUGUGCUUUAAUUUCA